AUGCUCUUGCCGCUCCUGGUCCUCCUCUCAGCGGUGGUGUGGGUGGAUGCAGACGGAUACUGCUACAGCGAGCCCGAGUGCGGUCCUUACGCCUGGGGGGACCUCACUCCCUCCUGUCACCCGCUGCUGGAGGAGCAUCACUCCCCCAUCGACCUGGACCUCGGGGACAUGAGGAGGGACCUGUCUCUGGGUCCUCUGCAGCUGGAGGGGUUUCUCUCACCGCAGGACGGACACUGGACCCUCAGCAACGACGGACACUCAGGUCUCUAUCACACCCUCCAGCUGCACUUCCACUGGGGCAGCCCCGCCUCCAACGGCUCGGAGCACACACUCGCCCGCCGCAGGUUCCCCAUGGAGAUGCACGUGGUCAAUGUGAAGUCGGUCCAUCCUAACGUCUCUGCGGCGCUGGAGGAUCCGACCGGACUCGCCGUGCUCGCCGUCUUCAUUGACGUUGUUUAUGCAGAUAACAUUCACUUCAGUCACAUUUCUGGAAAGCUCUCGUCUGUCGCCCACAAAGGACAAACGGUGAAAGUGAAGCCUUUUCCACUGAUGAGCCUCCUGCCGAAGAACCAGCUGAGUCAGUAUUUCAGGUACCAUGGCAGCUUGACCACGCCCCCCUGCUCCCAGGCCGUGGUCUGGACCGUCUACCAGACCCCCAUCAACAUCUCAUGGACUCAGCUCGCUCAGUUCACGUCGCAGGUGUUCUCCACAGAAGAAGACGCAGAGCUGCUCACUCCUCUGCAGAACAACUACAGACACAUCCACCCCACGUUCAGCCGCACGGUCUCUGCCUCCCAGGACGUUCACCUGGUCUCCGGGGCCGCAGGUCUUCACACCGAGCCCUGGGUCACACUGGGACUGUGUCUACUCUGGCUCUUCCCCUCAGGACUGUAG